AGGGAGAGCGCGCAGGCUCUGCCGCGGGCCGGUGCGCUCCACGGCGGCGGCGACCCGGCAGCCCGACGGGACCAGGCGCAGAGCGGCCAGCCGCGCGUGGGGCCGGUUCCAGCUGCCGCCGGGCCAGGCGGCAUGAGCGCGGAGGGGCCCUGGUCGCCCCCAGCACCUCCCGGGGCGUUCCGGCCCUGACCCGAGCGGGGGGCGCGGCCGCACGCGAGCCCGUGAGCCCAUGGGCGCACGGAGCCGGGCGCGGGGGCGCUGACGGCGGAGCGGGCGCGGCCGGGAGCCAUGGACUGCAGCCUCGUGCGGACGCUCGUGCACAGAUACUGUGCAGGGGAAGAGAACUGGGUGGACAGCCGGACAAUCUACGUGGGACACAGGGAGCCCCCACCCGGCACGGAGGCCUACAUCCCGCAGAGAUAUCCAGACAACAGGAUCGUCUCCUCUAAGUACACAUUUUGGAACUUCGUACCCAAGAACUUAUUUGAACAAUUCAGAAGAAUAGCCAACUUUUAUUUCCUUAUCAUAUUUCUGGUACAGCUGAUCAUCGACACUCCCACAAGCCCCGUCACGAGUGGCCUCCCGCUCUUCUUCGUCAUCACCGUCACUGCUAUCAAACAGGGUUAUGAAGACUGGCUUCGCCAUAAAGCAGACAACGCCAUGAACCAGUGCCCUGUUCAUUUUAUUCAGCACGGCAAGCUUGUUCGGAAGCAGAGUCGAAAGCUAAGAGUUGGGGACAUUGUCAUGGUGAAGGAAAAUGAGACCUUUCCCUGCGAUCUGAUCUUCCUGUCCAGCAGUCGGGGAGACGGGACGUGCCACGUCACCACUGCCAGCUUAGAUGGAGAAUCGAGUCACAAAACUCACUAUGCCGUCCAGGACACGAAGGGCUUCCACACCGAGGAGGACAUCGGCCGGCUCCACGCCACCAUCGAGUGUGAGCAGCCGCAGCCCGACCUCUACAAGUUUGCUGGUCGUAUAAAUGUUUACAGCGAUCUGAAUGACCCCGUGGUGAGGCCGUUAGGAUCAGAGAACCUGCUUCUGAGAGGAGCCACACUCAAGAACACCGAGAAAAUCUUUGGCGUUGCUAUCUACACGGGCAUGGAGACCAAGAUGGCACUAAAUUACCAAUCCAAAUCCCAGAAGCGGUCGGCUGUGGAAAAGUCCAUGAACCUGUUCCUCAUCGUAUACCUCUGCAUCCUGAUCAGCAAGGCCCUGAUAAACACCGUCCUCAAAUACGUGUGGCAGAGUGAGCCAUUUCGAGAUGAGCCCUGGUACAAUCAGAAAACUGAGUCAGAAAGGCAGAGGAACCUGUUCCUCAGGGCGUUCACGGACUUCCUGGCCUUCAUGGUCCUAUUCAACUACAUCAUCCCUGUGUCCAUGUACGUCACCGUGGAGAUGCAGAAGUUCCUGGGCUCAUACUUCAUCACCUGGGACGAGGACAUGUUUGAUGAGGACAGCGGCGAGGGGCCCCUGGUGAACACGUCAGACCUGAACGAGGAGCUGGGCCAGGUGGAAUACGUCUUCACAGACAAGACCGGCACCCUCACAGAGAACAACAUGGAGUUCAAGGAGUGCUGCAUCGGGGGCCACGUCUAUGUGCCCCAUGUCGUCUGCAAUGGGCAGGUACUCCCUGACGCCACCGGUAUCGACAUGAUUGACUCCUCGCCUGGCGUCAGCGGCAGGGAACAUGAGGAGCUGUUUUUCCGGGCUCUCUGCCUCUGCCACACCGUCCAGGUGAAAGACGAUGACACUGUGGAUGGCCCCAGGGUGUCACCGGACUCCGGGAAGUCCUGUGUGUACAUCUCAUCCUCACCCGAUGAGGUGGCACUGGUCGAGGGCAUGCAAAGACUGGGCUUCACGUACUUAAGGCUCAAGGACAAUUACAUGGAGAUAUUAAACCGGGACAAUGACAUUGAGAGGUUUGAGUUGCUGGAAAUUCUGAGCUUUGAUUCAGUAAGAAGAAGAAUGAGUGUAAUUGUGAAGUCUGCUGCAGGAGAAAUUUACCUGUUUUGCAAAGGAGCAGACUCGUCGGUGUUCCCCAGAGUGAUUGAAGGCAAAGUGGAGCAAGUCCGGUCGCGGGUGGAGCACAAUGCAGUGGAAGGGCUCCGGACCCUGUGCGUGGCCUAUAAAAGGCUCAUCCCAGAAGAAUACGAAGGAAUUUGCAAACUGCUGCAGGCUGCCAAAGUAGCUCUUCAGGAUCGAGAAAAAAAAUUAGCAGAAGCCUAUGAGCAAAUAGAGAAAGAUCUUAUUCUGCUUGGCGCCACUGCAGUUGAGGACAGGCUCCAGGAGAAAGCUGCUGAUACCAUCGAAGCCCUGCAGAAGGCUGGGAUCAAGGUCUGGGUCCUCACGGGGGACAAAAUGGAGACGGCAGCGGCCACCUGCUAUGCCUGCAAGCUCUUCAGGAGGAGCACGCAGCUUCUCGAGCUGACCACCAAGAAGAUCGAGGAGCAGAGUUUGCACGAUGUGCUUUUCGAGCUCAGCAAGACUGUCCUGCGUGGAAGCGGCAGCCUGACCCGGGACACUUUCUCAGGGCUUUCAGCAGACCUGCAGGACUAUGGGCUAAUCAUCGAUGGGGCCGCGCUGUCCCUGAUCAUGAAGCCCCGAGAAGAUGGUAGCUCCGCCAACUACCGGGAGCUCUUCCUGGAGGUCUGCCGGAACUGCAGUGCCGUGCUGUGCUGCCGCAUGGCACCACUGCAGAAGGCCCAGAUUGUUAAAUUAAUCAAACUUUCAAAAGAGCACCCUAUUACUUUAGCAAUUGGAGACGGCGCAAACGACGUCAGCAUGAUCCUGGAAGCCCACGUGGGCGUAGGGGUCAUUGGGAAGGAGGGCCGGCAGGCUGCCCGGAAUAGUGACUAUGCAGUACCCAAGUUUAAGCAUUUGAAGAAGAUGCUGCUUGUUCACGGGCACUUCUACUACAUCAGGAUAUCUGAGCUGGUGCAGUACUUCUUCUACAAGAACGUCUGCUUUGUUCUGCCGCAGUUCUUAUUCCAGUUCUUCUGCGGGUUCUCACAGCAGACUUUGUACGACACUGCAUAUCUGACGCUGUACAACAUCAGCUUCACGUCCCUGCCGAUCCUCCUGUACAGUCUGAUGGAGCAGCACGUCAGCAUGGACGCGCUCAGGAGGGACCCUGCCCUGUAUAGAGACAUCGCCAAGAACGCGCUGCUCCGCUGGCGAACGUUCAUCUACUGGACCUUCUUGGGAGUGUUUGACGCUCUGGUAUUCUUCUUUGGUGCUUAUUUCAUGUUUGAAAAUACAACAGUGACCAACAAUGGACAGAUAUUUGGAAAUUGGACCUUUGGGAUGCUGGUGUUCACAGCGAUGGUAUUUACAGUCACACUGAAGCUGGCAUUGGACACGCAUUACUGGACGUGGAUAAACCACUUUGUCAUCUGGGGCUCAUUGCUCUUCUACGUCGUCUUUUCCCUCCUCUGGGGAGGGAUUAUCUGGCCGUUCCUCAACUACCAGAGGAUAUACUACGUGUUCAUACAGAUGCUGUCCAGCGGGCCCGCCUGGCUGGCUGUCAUGCUGCUGGUGACUGUCAGCCUCCUCCCUGACGUCCUCAAGAAGGUCCUGUGCCGGCAGCUGUGGCCCACAGCAACGGAGAGAGUCCAGAGCCUCCAGCCAUCGGACGCCUGGUGUGGUCCCCGCCCUCAGGACGUGGCCUUCACAUUCUGGAAGAGCGAGGAGGAUGCCGCGCCACCUCCCUCCCUGGGCCCUGCCCAGGACUGUCACAGUUGUGGCCCAAGACACAGCUUCCCUGGGUCCAGUUUGGAAACACCUGUGUGACUGGUGCUGUGCAGUGCCAGCCCUUACAAGCCAUGCUCCAGGUGUCCACGUGUGCCUCUUCCUGGUCCCCAGGAUAGAGGGGGAUCACAGACCUUGCCUCUAGGCUCAGUGUGCUGGCCGGCACCUGUCCAAGACCCAGUGGCCUCCAGGCCUUUAGCCCAACUGCAAAAGGGACUGCAGCUCUGCUUGGCCUCCUGCGACCCCCGAGGCCACUCCCAUCUGCAUGUCUGUGCCCUCAGUGUCGCUGCCACCCAGAGAGUAGGGCUGGCCAGUGACCCUUGGCCACCUUGAGGGAGUGCUGCCCAUUGUCCCUGGGCUCUCACAGAGCCUGUGGAGCGGCUGCACAUCCUGUCCUCAGGACACCUCCAAUGCUAUGGGGUGGGGGACCAGAACAGGCUGCAGAUGGCUACGUCUAUCCUCGCAGGCCCAUGGAUGUCCUUGCUCAUCUGUGACGUGGGUUCCAUGGGUUAUGUGUAAGCUGCCUGACCCUUGGUGCUGGGGCUGCCAUUGUGGAGAAAGCCUCAUGCAGUGGGUGAGGUGACGCACUUAGCCUAUGCCCACAAGCAGGAGAUGUCCACCUGCCAUGUGCCAGGGCCACAGUCACCAGUUGCCUCGCACUGGGAGAUGGUCACUGCAUGGGUGUCAGGCAGAGCAGUGGUUUGGGUGCCCAAGCAGAUGCCCUCUGUCCUUGUGGAGAGGAGGCCACAGGGGUGGCAUUGGCACUCAGGAUGGCCACACAGUUCCAACAGGCAGUGCUACAGCUGAGACCGCCCCAGCUUGAAGCUUUACCACCCAGCUGGGCCCCCACACGGCCCAGCUUUGUCUUGGGAUUUUUUCCAGUGGGGGGGGGGGCCAUACCCCGUCCUUUCUGUGCCAGUAUUUCUGUUUCUAGCAGUGACUUCUGACAUAGCCUUAAUGGUCAAAGGAAGACACUUCAGUUUGAGAUUCAGACGCCAGGCGUUAAACUGACACCUUCUGAGAAGAGCACCACUCAGGCAGUAACAGAAGGUCAGCGCCUCGCCAGAGCUGGGCAGCCCUGUGUGAAGCCAGGGCUUGGAUGCACAAGCCAAGCUCAUUUCUGAGGACUUGGUAGAAGGCGUUUUUGGAAGUUUAGAUUUCACCGUUUGAUUGUAUAAUAUUUCACCAAUAAAUAUUUAUUUGAAGAGGGGAUACGUGGACAGCAAGGGCAGCGAGCACACUAGUUGGGGCGUGUCAAGGUGACGCAUGAGCAGCACACCAAAGAUUCGGCCAGGAAGCCCCCUCUCCGCCCACGCUGACCCCACAAACAAUGGUGUGUGCGUUUUUUUAUGCCUUUUUUAAGAAUCCAGCAGAGGGGUAUAAAUGUAAUAUCUGUUGGGUGCAGAAUCUCUGUAUGUUCAGUUAACAAGUUAUUUAUAAUGUAUUUUUUUAGAAAUCUUAAAAUUGCCUUUGCACUAAAGUAUUUUCAUAGCUGUUUAUAUCUCUUUUAUUCAUUUAUUUGUUAACCUAUUGUCUAAUUUUUGAAGUAUGUUUUUAAGGCUUUCGUUUUUUAAGUUAAUGGAUUUUUGGCCACUUUACUUUUAAAUUCUGGUGAGAUUUUGGCUGAAUGUGGUUUUCAGCUCAGAUUACGCCCACACACAUCUCUUCAUUUCUUUUUUUUUUUUUUUUUUUUGUAGAGACAGAGUCUCACUUUAUGGCCCUUGGUAGAGUGCCAUGGACUCACACAGCUCACAGCAACCUCCAUCUCCUGGGCUUAAGCGAUUCUCUUGCCUCAGCCUCCCGAGUAGCUGGGACUACAGGCGCCCGCCACAGCACCCGGCUAUUUUUUUGUCGCAGUUUGGCCGGGGCUGGGUUUGAACCUGCCACCCUCGGCAUAUGGGGCCGGCGCCCUACUCACUGAGCCACAGGCACCGCCCCUCAUUUCUUAUUAUUUCUGCAGUGAUCAGCUGAGCAGAGUAUUUGGAGUACAAUAAUUUGCCAUGCUGUCUCUUCACAAUUUGUUAAAAUUUCAUUUUCAUCACCAUUUUUUAACUUAAUCCCCAAUGUGAUAAGCUUUUGGGUUUUGUUUUUAAUUUCCAUUCUUCAGCCUUAAAAAUAGAAGAUUCUUGCUUGGCAGGUCAGUGAGCUGGACGCCAGUUCUGCCUGGGAGAUUCACCACUCACCUCUGGUGACUCAAGUCUCAGCAUCUGAGUCCCUGAGAUCUCAAUUGCUGCACACAUCUUUAGAAAAUUGUUUGGGGCAAUUGCAAUCAGUGUAACCUGGCUUAUUGUACCCUCAAUGAAUCCCCAACAAUAAAAAAAAAAAAAGAAAAGAAAAUUGUUUGGGGCUGGGCACAGUGGCUCACGCCUAUAAUCUUCAUACUCUAGGAGGCCAAGGCCGGUGGAUUGCUUAAGCUCACAAGUUCUAGACCAGCCUGAGGAAAAUGUGAGACUGUCUCUACUAAAAAUAGAAAAACUGAGACAAGAGGAUGGCUUGAGCCCAAGAGUUUGAGGUUGCUGUAAGCUAUGAAGCCACAUCACUCUACCCAGGGUGACAGCUUGAGAACUGUCUCAAAAAAAAAAAGAAAAUUGGGAAGUUAUUAAAUGAAUGUGCGUGAUAAAUUGAAAUAGACAAGUGGCACAAGAUAGAAGGCUAAGAAGACCCUCAGCGAGAUGGCAUUUCAGACAGGAGGGAGUGCAACUGUCCACCUCAUGGAGUCAGCAUUUACUUGCCUUAAACUAACUUUGAAGACCGGAACGCCAGUGUUAAGCACCAUUGUUAGGUCUGAAAGUCUUACUCGCUGGAAACCUCAGCUCUACACUACCCCUGACCCCACCACUGCUGCUGUCGGAUGUUUGCGUUUGGUCCCUGAUCACACUUGGCCCCUGAUACGGGCUGUCACAAAGGCAUGAGCGGCCUGCUGCAUCCGUGUCCUCUGGCUGGCAGCUCCACAUCACUCGUGGCCACACACACGUGCAAGCGUGUGCACACACCCAGUCACACUGCUCCUACACGCACACGGACCCAUGUCACGUGCAUACCCCACAGACACGCAUUUACACUCUCUGUACAUCUUCACAGCAUCCUGUCUCCUUCCUGAGGGCUCGUGGCAGUGCUCCUCAGAUCCCACACCGGAUCUCCAGGGGUGCAGAGGCCCCUCCCAGCAGAUGUGACAGGAGAGCUGGAUGGAGCCCUUCCCACAGGCUCAGCUGCCCUGAGCUCAGGCCCGAGGGGAGGUGGCUACGGGGUCGGGUCUGGGGAGGGCAUCCCCGGGCUCCAGUCAGCUGCUUCCCACCUGUUUGAAGAGGGAGUGAGCAACCAGGCCCCAGCACCCAGGACAGGAUAUGUCCAGUUUGUUGGCCAGGCACCGUGGGCUAUAGCUACAAGGAACCUUGUCCUGCUCUGAGCUGCACGACUAGCUGGGCGUCCAGAGCAGACGAGGGAGGCUCCAGCCUUGUUCUCUAAACCACUAAAUGUGUGUGUUUUGCACUGACUAGUAUUGAACUAAUGCAACCACUUUUAUUUCAUCAUAAAAUUAUUUAACAACUUGGUAUAACUGCUUAGUAGGCAGGAAAUUACCCAUUUCAAAUUUUAAAACCAGGAAAAUUAUCAGUUUUAGAAGCUAGAGAUGAGUGAAAAGGAGUGAAAAUCUUUCUAAUGCUAUGUCUAUAAACAGCUUUAAUAGAGGUGUGUUGGAAGUGUCAGGAAAAUGUGAUUCUACUUUUGUAGAAAAAUAAAGAUCAGUUUAUAUAGCUUUAUUUUUUACCUUAUCAAAGUAUACAGAAUUUUAAUAUGCAUAUAUUGUCUCUGACAUAAAAUUAUGUGUCUGCAAUACCAUUUAAAAUGUCUGUUCGUUAUGUAAUGUAAUAAGAGAGAAUCUUCAAAAAUGUA